UAUAUGUUCAUCAACUAACAGAAAAAAGAAAAUGAAAAAUAAAUUACACAUAAUUAUUUCCCAUGCCUAAAGAUAGAUUUGGCCGGCAAAACCGCAAAUAUGUAUAACAAAUAAGGGCGUGCUGUUGAUAUUAUUACCACAAUAUGCUCCGCAAAUAGCCCAUGCUAUAGAAUUUGAGAGCUAUAUCAUAGCUAAGAAAGCCUUGCAGUUUUACUUUUAGCGUGUCGCAGUCCGUACACAUUUAGUUGAAGUUGAUAAAUUUUAAGUUAAACCAACGAUGGGGUCCGGUGAAUUUAGUAGUCCUAUGCGGAAAUUCAAACUGGUAUUUUUAGGAGAGCAGAGUGUAGGAAAAACUUCUUUAAUCACGCGUUUUAUGUACGACAGUUUUGACAAUACCUAUCAGGCCACUAUUGGCAUUGAUUUUCUCUCAAAAACUUUGCAUCGUGAUGAUCGUACCAUUCGAUUGCAACUAUGGGAUACCGCCGGCCAAGAGCGAUUUCGUGCUUUGAUUCCAUCUUAUAUACGUGACUCAACAGUGGCCAUUGUAGUCUAUGAUAUUACGAAUACAAAUUCAUUCCAACUUGUAUCGAAAUGGGUGGAUGAUGUCCGGGCCGAAAGAGGUAGUGAUGUCAUUAUUAUGCUGGUGGGGAAUAAAACAGAUCUAAUUGACAAAAGGCAAGUUUCAACGGAAGAAGGAGAAAACAAGGCGAAAGAGUUAAACGUUAUGUUUAUAGAAACCAGUGCAAAAGCCAGCUAUAAUGUAAAGCAGUUAUUUGAUCGAGUGGCUGACGCAUUACCAGGAAUGGAGGACUUGCCCACAAAUACAGAAUAUAAAGCCAACGGAAUAGCAGAAGAAAUCCAAUUGAAAGCAGUUGAUGCAACUGAGGAAGAUCAACGUUCAAAUUGUUGUAAAUGCUGAAAGCUGCUGGUGUUAUACACUUUUUCGAUUUCUUUGCAACUUUAAACUGUACAAGAUUAUAUACCAAUUAAAAUAAAAACAAAAUACUUCCCGAAACGCUAGGUUAUACUGACCAGAAACAAAACCGACAUUCAAGGCGUAUUUAAUAAGGUGGCCGCAUCAGCACUGCUGAUUGAAUUUGAAUUCAAAAAUGAUUUUUGAAUUCGCCCUAUAAAAAUUUAAACUUCAAAAUAAAUAUUUUAUAAAUAGA